UCAGUUUGUCAUCCCACAUUUAACUGAAUAUCACUUGAAGAUUUGAUAGAGAUAAAACCCAUGGGACAAAUAGGCAUAUACACAACAUGUCUCAAGGUCUUUCUCAUUUUAUUUUUAACGCGUCCAACUCUUCAGACUUUGAAAAUACAAUCAAGUUUUAUCAUUCACUCGGCUUUCAACAAGUUGUAGAAAAAUCAGAGAAUGAAUUAGAAGCAAGAAUUGCUUGGUUGAAAUUGGUUUCUAGCAAUGAAAGUGCUACUAGUGCUACCAUUAAACUCGUAUUGAAUCCUUUGGCCAAGACUCAACCUAAACCUUCCAAAGAUAUUGAUUUGUCUUCACAAGAAACUGUCAUUGUCUUGACAGUCAGUGAUAUGAAGGCUGUCAAGUCAAAAUUAACUGAGUUGAACGUAACAAUUCAGGAUUAUAGUGCUGGUGAUGAAGCUCGCGUUCUUACAUUAGAUCCUUUGAACAACGUAAUUGCAUUCACCAACAAGAGUCCCUUGAAGGCUACUAGUGCUGCUGCUGCUGUCGAAAAAGCUGCUGAUGCUAGUAAGCGUAAGAAGCUUGCUGUUCUUACCUCAGGAGGUGAUGCUCCUGGUAUGAACGCUGUUGUUCGUGCUGUUGUUCGUUAUGGUAUCUCAAAGGGAUGCGAUGUUUUUGCUGUCUAUGAAGGUUAUCAAGGUCUUGUGGAUGGUGGUAAAUUAUUAAAGAAGAUGGACUGGAAGAGUGUUCGUGGAUGGUUAGCAGUCGGUGGUACUACUAUCGGUACAGCUCGUUGUAUGCCAUUCAAGACCCGUGAAGGCCGUCUUCAAGCUGCUGAAAACUUAGUCAAGAACGGUAUUGAUUCCUUGAUUGUCUGUGGUGGUGAUGGCUCCCUCACUGGUGCUGAUCUCUUCCGUUCUGAAUGGCCUAGUUUGAUCGAAGAACUCAAGAACGCCAAGCGCAUUACUGAAGAAGAAGCUACCGUUUUCCGUCAUUUGACAAUUGUCGGUCUUGUUGGUUCUAUUGAUAACGAUAUGUCUUCUACUGAUAUUACCAUCGGUGCUGUUACUUCUCUUCAUCGUAUCUGUGAAGCUGUUGAUGCUGUCUCUACCACAGCUCUUUCUCACUCUCGUGCUUUUGUCAUUGAGGUUAUGGGUCGUCACUGUGGUUGGUUGGCUUUGAUGGCUGGUAUUGCUACUGGUGCCGAUUUUGUCUUUAUCCCUGAAAAGCCUCCUCAAGAAGAUGAUUGGGAAUCUGUCAUGUGCUCUGUUGUUGAGCGUCAUCGUAAGUUGGGUAAGCGUAAGACAGUGGUGAUUGUGGCUGAAGGUGCUAUCGAUAAGAACUUGAACCCCAUCAAGGCCGAUCAUUUGAAGGACAUUUUGACCGACCGUCUUGGUCUUGAUACCCGUGUUACCAUCUUGGGCCACACUCAACGUGGCGGUGCUCCCGCUUUCUUUGAUCGUCUUUUGGCCACCACUCAAUCCAUUGAAGCUGUGGAUGCCGUGCUUGAAUCUACACCCGAAACACCUUCUCCCAUGAUUGGUUGGAUCAAGAACAAGGUUGUUCGCUUCCCCUUGAUGAAGGCUGUCAAGUUGACCCAUGAAGUUGCUGAAGCCAUCGGUCAAAAGAACUUUAAGCGUGCUAUGGAACUUCGUGACCCUCAAUUUGCUGAAGAAUUCGAUGCUUACAAUGCCACUACCAUUCUUGAUGACAACUCCAUGGGAUUACCCGACCAUCAGAAGCUUCGUAUUGGUAUUGUCCAUGUUGGUGCCCCUGCUGGUGGUAUGAACGCUGCUACUCGUACUGCUGUUCGUUACUGUCUUAACCGUGGCCACACACCCAUUGCUAUCCAUAACGGUUUUGCUGGUCUUUCUCGUGGCGUGACAGAUGUCUUGACCUGGUUGUCUGUCGAUGGCUGGACUGCUCUUGGUGGUUCUGAAUUAGGUACUAACCGUGCUGUUCCUGGUGAAGAUAUUGAUAUGGGCAUGAUUGCUUACCAAAUGCAAAAGCAAAACAUCCAAGGUUUGUUGAUCGUGGGCGGUUUUGAAGCCUUUGUUGCUCUUCAAAAGCUUGGAGAAGCUCGUGCCAAGUAUCCUUCUCUUCGUGUGCCUAUCACUUUGAUUCCUGCUACCAUUUCUAACAAUGUGCCUGGUACUGACUAUUCUCUUGGUUCUGAUACUUCCUUGAACGCUAUUGUUAACUCUUGUGAUGCUAUUGUUCAAUCGGCCCAAUCUUCUCGUCGCCGUGUCUUUAUGGUUGAAGUCAUGGGUGGUCGUUCUGGCUACUUGGCUGUGGAGGCUGGUCUUGCUGUAGGUGCCAUUACAGUCUAUAUUCCCGAAGAAGGUAUCAACCUUGCUCGUCUUCAGUCCGAUGUGUCUCACUUGCGUACCAUGUACAGCGAUGAUGAUGUUGAUAAGAGUGAAGGCAGAAUCAUUUUGCGUACAGAAGAUGUGUCCAACACUUACACCACAGAUGUUAUUUCCAACAUUCUUAAGGAUGAAGGUAAUGAGAUGUUUGAUUCCCGUACUGCUGUCUUGGGCCACAUCCAACAAGGUAUUACACCCUCUCCUCUGGAUCGUAUCCGUGCUACUCGUUUGGCCAUUCGCUCUAUUGAGUUCAUUGAAAAACAUGCCCUUCCUACACUUGACAAGGCUCACCAAGAAGGUUCUGCUGUUCCUAUUGAAUUGACCAACGUAGAAGAUUCUGUUACUGUUGCUGGUAUCUCUGACCACAAUGUUAUUUUCGAACCCAUCACUGCUCUUAUGGCCAACACUGAUAUGAAGAACCGUAAGCCUCGUACUGCUUGGUGGUCUGAACACAGAGCCGUCAUUGACCUUUUGGCUGGUCGCGGUCUCUUUAAGCCUCCUCAAUAAUCACAUCCUGUAACAUAUAAUAUAUAAUACCAAAUAAAACGUUUGUGUCUUUUUUUCUUUAAACAGAAC